UUCCUUUGUUCGGUCUACGUCCCGAUGUGCACGGAGAAGAUCAACAUCCCCAUAGGUCCCUGCGGUGGCAUGUGCCUCUCUGUCAAGAGGAGAUGCGAACCCGUUCUGAAAGAGUUUGGAUUUGCCUGGCCGGACAGCCUGAACUGCAGCAAAUUCCCACCCCAGAAUGAUCACAAUCACAUGUGCAUGGAGGGCCCUGGAGACGAAGAGGUUCCCCUCCACAGCAAGACCUCGUUGCAGCCCGGAGAGGAGUGCCACAGCGUGGGGUCCAACUCGGACCAGUACAUCUGGGUGAAGAGAAGCUUGAACUGUGUCCUCAAGUGUGGCUACGACGCUGGUCUCUACAGCAGGUCAGCGAAGGAGUUCACGGAUAUCUGGAUGGCCGUGUGGGCCAGUCUCUGCUUCAUCUCGACUGCCUUCACGGUCCUGACCUUCCUGAUUGAUUCAUCCAGAUUUUCCUACCCGGAGCGCCCAAUCAUAUUUUUGAGCAUGUGCUACAAUAUUUAUAGCAUUGCUUAUAUUGUGAGGCUAACUGUGGGCCGGGAAAGGAUAUCCUGUGAUUUUGAAGAGGCAGCAGAACCUGUUCUUAUCCAAGAAGGUCUUAAGAACACAGGAUGUGCUAUAAUUUUCUUGCUGAUGUAUUUUUUCGGGAUGGCUAGCUCCAUCUGGUGGGUUAUUCUCACAUUGACGUGGUUUCUGGCUGCGGGACUCAAGUGGGGCCAUGAAGCUAUAGAAAUGCACAGCUCUUAUUUCCAUAUUGCAGCCUGGGCUAUCCCGGCGGUGAAGACCAUCGUCAUUUUGAUUAUGAGACUGGUAGACGCAGACGAGCUCACCGGUCUGUGCUACGUUGGGAACCAGAACCUUGACGCGCUGACGGGCUUUGUUGUCGCUCCGCUUUUUACCUACCUGGUCAUUGGGACUUUAUUCAUUGCAGCGGGACUCGUGGCCUUAUUUAAAAUCAGGUCCAAUCUUCAGAAAGAUGGAACGAAAACUGACAAACUGGAAAGGUUGAUGGUCAAAAUCGGUGUCUUUUCAGUGCUGUACACCGUCCCAGCAACGUGUGUCAUCGCCUGUUAUUUCUAUGAGAUCUCCAACUGGGCCAUUUUCCGCUAUUCGGCAGAUGACUCCAAUAUGGCAGUGGAGAUGCUCAAAAUCUUCAUGUCCCUCCUGGUGGGUAUUACAUCAGGUAUGUGGAUCUGGUCAGCCAAAACUCUGCACACGUGGCAGAAGUGCUCGAACAGACUGGUGAACUCAGGGAAAGUGAAACGGGAGAAGAGAGCAGAUGGUUGGGUGAAACCUGGGAAAGGGAACGAGACCGUGGUGUGAGCAAAGGAC